UUCUGUCAUAAUUGUGGUCACACUGGUCAGCUGUUUUAGCCUACCGCAUUUCAAUUUGCAAGUAUUAAACAAAAAACAUAAAUAAAUAAACUACAAUGUUCCGUCUACAACAAUCACAACCCGAUCCCGCGGAGGAGGCAAAGCGCGUUGCGGCCGAGGUACGAAUGAACUUCAUCAUGUUUGGUGUUCUCUGCGCAGCUAUUCGACUAGCGCCGAUUGUGCUGCAACAGUUGAAAAAUGCUUAACUUUAAGACAACACACAAAAUUGGAGCUAUGACGAGGCGUAAACAAAGCAAAUGUAGAGCUGAUGAAGAACAACGUAAAUAAAAGAUGCAUUUAUUUAAGCGCACAGUCAAUUUGCGACAUAGAUAUCAUUGUAAUUUUGAAUAAUGUAAGCUUAAAAAUGUUUUGCACAUUGUACAUAAAUCGUUGAGAUAAAUAAAUGCAAUCAAAAACAAAA